AUGGAUAGACCUAAAUUACACAAGACUCGGUCAACACCUUCAACACGUAUCAGAAGUAGUCGUACACCAAUGACUAAAUAUGGAGCCAUUUCAGAACAACCUGAAACAAACCAUGAAGAACCUUCAAUGACAAGAAGAAAAUCCACCGCUUUUGAAGACUUGGGUGACUCUGAACCAGGAGUGUCCACCGAUAUCUUGGACCAUGAACUCACACUCAAAGACAAACAAGACGCUAUGAAUAAACAACAUCCUUUCGGUCUUCCCUUAUGGAAACCAGCACUUUAUAAAAAGUCUCGAUCCGUUGUCCGUAAAGCAAAUAGUGCAUUGCAUUCAUCUCCGUCUUCAUCUUCCGAGCUCUUUUUAAAUCCAGGUAAUAUUCUUUGGUCCGUCGUGUUUGGCUGGUGGCUGGCACUGGUGGUGUUUAUGGUGUCGAUUCCCCUAAGUGUGUUUAGAAAUCAUGCUUAUGAUGUCGUGUUACGUGAGCUGGGUCUAUACCUUUUAUGGCCUUUUGGUCGCUAUGUUGAACGUCUAGUUGAAAUUACACCUCAGGUAUUAAACGACCUUGAAAGAGAAAGGUCUACUUCCAUCUUUAUUGAAGAGGAAGAAGAACAGGAACAAGAGCAACACACAUCAAGGGGAUAUAACUGGUUUCAUGCAGUGAUGGAGACAGUCAAAUUAGGUCCUGCUGCUUGGUUGUAUUAUUUUAUGUUCUAUACAGUGCUUGCUCCCUUAUUGUUACUGGUGUCUACCAUCUGCUGGAUGUGUGUCGUUACUGUACCGAUGGCUAAACUGAAUUAUAUCCUUGUACGCCAUCUCCGUCGCCACCCACUCAAACUCCGAUUUCAUGCCACUCCUUCGGUUUUAACCGGUACACACCCCACUGUCAUCUUGCUAUGUACCUAUCAAGCGUUUGGCUGGCAAUACUACAAAUACACUUUUAAUGGAAUCAACAUUAUGUUUAUCAACCUGAUUCCCCUAGUCUUUUUUGUGAUAUUGGAUGACUAUGUCCUCAAGGACAUAUUUCCUCAAGCAUGGUUCACCUCCCCUCAAUUCAUUUUUGCCUUAUCGCUGGCUUCUGUGAUUCCGUUGUCUUAUUUUAUCGGUAUGGGUGUCAGUUCCGUCUCUGCUCAGAGUAGUAUGGGGUUAGGUGCUGUGAUUAAUGCCACCUUUGGUAGUAUUAUCGAAAUUAUCUUGUACGGUGCUGCUUUGAUGGCAGGUAAAAGUGCGUUGGUGGAGGGGUCUUUGAUCGGUAGUAUUUUGGCAGGUGUGUUGUUGAUGCCUGGGUUUUCGAUGGUCAGUGGUGCUGUCAAGAGAAAAGAACAACGUUUCAAUGCUAAAAGUGCAGGUGUGACAAGUACGAUGCUGAUUAUGGCCAUCAUUGGUAUCCUAUCACCUACUUUAUUUUAUCAAUUCUUUGGUUCUUUUGAAUUACAUUGUACAGGUUGUCCAACCACUCUGAAUGAUACCAUGGCUUGUUCUCAUUGUUACUAUGAUCAAAUGAAUCCCUUUGAUGAUCCUGUCUAUCAAAACAGUGUCAAGCCAUUCAUGUGGAUCUGUGCUGCUAUUUUACCUUCUGCUUAUGUGAUUGGUUUAUUGUUUAGUUUACAUACGCAUGCAGACAUGGUCUGGAAAAGUCAACAUACCAAGCAUGAUGAGCCUGUUCAUCAGAAAAUAUACCCUGUUCAUAUCCUAGAGGCUCAUGAAGAUGAACGAACACCUUUACAUCCAUCUCCUCCUGCGAUAGGUAAAAGUCUCAUCCAACCCCAUCAUUUAUUGACAAACCAAACAGAUACACCCCAGCAUCUUUCCUUUGUUCAUAUGGUAGAACCAGAAGAAGAGGAAGAGGAAGAAGCAGCUGCUGGUCAUGAUUCCCCUAAUUGGGGUAAAACUAUGAGUUAUUCCGUUUUGUUUGGCUGCACUUUACUGUACUCGAUCAUUGCUGAAAUUCUGGUUCAAACAGUCGAUUUAGUCAUGGAAAACGUAGCGAUUGAUGAAAAGUUCUUGGGCCUUACUUUAUUUGCUCUUGUGCCUAAUAUUACUGAGUUUAUGAAUGCUAUUUCGUUUGCACUGUAUGGUAAUAUUGUGCUGAGUAUGGAAAUUGGUUCUGCUUAUGCACUUCAAGUGUGUUUAUUGCAAAUCCCGGCUAUGGUUGCUUUUUCACUUUGGUUUAACUGGGGUAAAGAAGAAUUGAAAAAGUUUACAUUCAAGUAA